GUGUGAAAUACGAGUAACUGAGAUUUUCUUCAACCUAUCUUCUUCAACCUAUCUUCAGUUUUCUGACGGCAUACAAUCAGCAAGUUUGGUUGGGAAACGUGAAUAUUAGAUUGAAAUCUCGUUUCCCAUUCGUUUCCCAUUCGUUUCCGGGAUGAAUUCAUUUUUCUGAAACGGUUUCGGCGCGCGUUUCCCGGUUUCCCCGUUCCAGGACGUUUCGGAAACGGGAGAUAAAAGUUGUAGUUUUGUGUGUGUAAAAUGAAAUCGGUGUCGGGGGAAGUAGUAUCUUGUGAGACUUUCCCUCUUUCCAAAGCUGCUAGGGUCCUGUCGAAUUUUGUGGCUGCAGACAAUGGAGCAUCCCCUGCAUUUGCUGCGUACUUGAGGCGCGCUUCAAUGAACUUGCGAAGCAACAUUCCCAUGGCAUUGUUAUAAACAGUAGCAAGAGGAGGGAUCUUGAUCUUCGAGCUGUGAAUAACAGACACAGUGAAGAAGAAGAAGCUGGAAGAAUUGAUGUUAGUUUGAAUGUUGAUGUGGAGACGAGGAGGCAUAAAAGCAAGAAUAGGAGAGAUAGAGGUGAGGGGAAACAUAAGAAUAGGAGCAUGGAAGUUGACAGGAAUGUGGAAGAUGUAGGAGGGGCUGGGAACAAGUCAAAGAUAAACAAGGAAACCAGUGAUGGUGUUAAUGCAAUUCAAGUCAAGAAUGAUACAUAAAGCUUUGACGGAAGUAAAGAAAACAAGAAAAACAAGAAGAGAGUCAAGCUUGAAAACUGUGGAAAACAAUGGUGAUGAGCAAAACAAUGGUGAUGAGCCAAACAAUGGGACUUGGGAUGAUUAAGGUUAUAGGACUUAUGGUAAUACUGCACCCCUGAGGGGCUUUCUUAAUCUUCAAAGAAUAGGACAAAUUCAGCGCCAGUAUACUGUUACAAACUUACAACUGGGGUUCUGGCUAUAGCAGCUUGUUCAACACCCAGGCUGCUUCAACAUCUAAAACCCCUCAGCCUCCACGCCUUUCUCCUCCUCAAAGAAAAGUCAUUUCGGUGGCCUGAAAGAUGAGUGUCGUGUUCUCGAUCACUAAUUUAUACGGGCUGCAUUCUUUUCAUAAAGGUUUUAUGACAAAUGAUGACACACUGACAGGCAUAGAACAAAGGACUUGGUUGUGAAGGGUUCUGACAGGAUAGUCAAUGAAAUGAAGAAGUCUGGUCGUGCACAUGGUGGCACUGGGUAUCCAUCACUGUCUCAAGUGUCCGUUCAUGCCAAAAGGCAGAUGAAAGUGAACCCGGAACAUGUAAGGACAGAGAAAUUAUGAGGCAUGAUCGUCACAAACUGAUCUAGGGAUGCCUAAUUUUGGGUGAAUAUGUGAAUGAACCUUCAAAUCUGCAGAAGGUGAGGAAAGAAGCUUAUGAAACAGGGCUCUAGGGCAAGAAUGUAUGUGGGUCUGGCUAUGACUUUGAUGUUUAUAUCCAUUAUGAUGCCCUACGUAUGUGGUGAAGAGACUACCCUUUUGGGGAAUCUUGAAGGGAAGAACGGAAACCUGAGAUUGAAGGCUCUGUUCCGAGCCGAUCCCUGACUCUAUGCAUGGCCCUGAAUGGAUUGAAGCUAGUUUAGGCAGGAUAAAUAUUUCAGGGACGAAAGUAUUCUGCAAUUUCGGUCAUGUCAACAAAGUUGAAGAGGACAUGGUUAUCCCAUUGAAGAAUUGAUUGAGAGCCACUGUGGUGGAGUGAGAGUUGUAUGUGACAAUUUACUUUCAGUGGUUCCUGAGGUGUUCUUUGGUUUCCUUGCUUCCCAAACACUUGUGUGAUGAUCUUCUUAGGAAUUUUCGGCUAGAACUAUAGAGUAUAGAGAAGGGUCAAAGAACAUGCAGCCAAGGAGUUGCCCAAGACUGAAAAAAGAGGUCUGCUGGAGUGGAUCAUCUUAUGCAGGAGAUCUUCCAUUCUUGGAUAAUUGUUGAAAUAAGACUGUAAAGGAUUGCCCUCGAGCCGAGCCGUGCCGUGCUGUGCUUUGUCGGGAUUUUCCCCAAAAAAAGUGGCCCAGGCCCGGCCACGGCCCACUACUGCGUGCUCGUGCCGGACCGUGCUUUUUUCAUGCUCCACUGCUCGUGCCGUGUCGGGCUUUUUUCGGGCCAUGUCGGGCCAGACCGGCCCACGGCCAUCAAGGCAAGCAUCCCACUUCCAUGCCGUACAUACCCAUACCUUGAAAUUUUUGAAUUUUUCCGUUUUCCAUCCCCAUGCCCGUAGGACCUCCCUGUAUCCGUCUCCGUGCAAUCUACUUUGAUUUUGAAAUUACUUCUCUUACAAUUUUUAUCUUUUACUCUCAUCUCCAAACCUUUUACUGCUUCAAGUUUUAACCACAUUAGCUGUAACUGAUAUUUGAGAUAAUGUAUACCGACAAAAUGAGUAUGGAAUUAUCAAAGAUGACUAUUUUGAGAUGAAAAAGGAAUGGCCCAGUAUCUGGUGAAAUAUUUGAUCCUGUUGCUCAACUUGACUCAAAAUACAAGUAGAGUAAAGUCAGUGUCUCCUCAGUCACAUUUAUUGGUUACUCCAUUACCCAACAACAAAAGGACCAAACUUUGUCAGAAAUCAUUUACAAAAGUUGCCAGACUUCCUCAGUCAGAUUAAAUGCUCUAUUAUCAUCGUUGUUCAUUACUCCAUUUGUUCAAAAUAACAUGGAGUACUUACCGGACUUCUCCAUUCCUAAAUAAUUGUUACAUGUAUUAUUGGCUUAUUGCCGAUGAGCUUAUGGAUAACUAUAUUAACUAAAUGACUGUAUGGAGUUGUGAUUUAUGAUUAGAUGUUGUAAUACUAAUGGUGCGUUUUAUUCACCUGAUUUUCACUUAUUUUUUCUGAACUUAACUUAUCUGAAUUUAUCAAAAUUUAUUUUAGUUAUAAAUUUGAGCCUUAUGGAUAACUGACUGAAUGGAGCUGUGGUUUAUGAUUAGAUGUCGUAAUACCGACUGAAUGUAUUAACUAGUUUGACUAACUGAUUGCAUUAGUUGAUUUUGACUAGCUAGUUGUAUGGAAGUGUUCGAUAAAUAAUUGUUAGUUGUUUCAGAUAUAACCAAUAAGCUAAAAGUUAUUUGAAAAAGCUCCUCACCUAACUUUUCUAAAAGAUUUUUUAGACCCAAAUAGUUUUAUGACAUCAUUUUCCGGUAUUUUUGCCGGAAAAUGGUUUCGGGUUGUAAUUUAAAAUAGAUGUACAAGUUUAAAGUUGUAAUUGGCAAAAUUAAAAAUUUGAUGUUGUAAUUGACAAAUAGAGAACUUUAUUAGGUUGUGUUUGGCAAAUUUGCUAAUAGUUUUUUCAAACUACUUUUAACCAGACACCUAAAAUAGCUUUUUAAAAUAUUUGACAAGCUAAUAUAAAUGACACGAUCCUUACACAUAAACGGUCUUUUGUAAAAGCAUGUCAGCAAGGAAGUUUUCAAUUGUACGUGAGGUUGUGAGUUGUGACAAACUGACAAUGCAACAAAGAUUCUAGGCCGAAAGAGUAAUUUGUACUCCGUAGUAAAAGUUUUCAUUCGGUAGGAAAGAAGAAUUGUUUUACCCGAUCAAAAUCCUAUGAAAAUUAUUAUUCCGUAGGUGCACCUGGGUGCAUCGUAAGGGUAUAUUUAUGUCAACGGGUGGUCUCUCACAUUGUUCCAUCAUCAUGUAAAGGAAAAAUUUGAAAGGAUGCACCGUACACCCGAAUGUACCUAAUAUGUUCUAAAUAUCAUAUACAGGUCAAUCUGACCAAGUUAUUAAGCUAGACACUUUGAAAAUACGGAAAAAGGUAAGGGAUCCCCGUCCCUAAAAGUAAAUUUGUAUAAUAUAUAGUUUGACCAUAAAUCCUACGGCCAUAAAAUGAUUCACAAUAGUUUAUUUUUUGGGGGGGAGUCAAGAUGAAAUAAUAAUUGAGGGAUACGUGCACUGAAGUCUGUUUUUUAUGGUUGAGACAUGGGAAGGCACAAUUGUUUCCGCUGAUAACGGCCUUUCCAUUCCAUCAGAAAAUCACAAACUUCUAUACAAUUCUUUCAACCAGUUUUCCAUCAUCAAAUCUUCACCAUUUUCGAGUUUUCUUUAGAUCAUCAUCAUAAUGUUGCUAGGAAAGAAGAAGAAAAAAUCAAGUUCAUUCCAAGUAGACUACAUUGUAAGUGUCCUAGAAAUCAAACCAUGGCCACCUUCAGUAGCAUUAUGUUCCGUACAAACUGUGUUAAUCCAAUGGGAAAACGGCGACCAAAACACCGGGUUUUUACCCCCAGGAGUACCUUCCCUUAAUGGAUUCGAAGAUGGAAAAAUCGAGUUCAACGAGUUCUUCAAACUCACUGUAACAUUAACAGGGAAAGAUAACCAGUGUUUUCAGAAGAAUAAUUUGGAGUUUCACCUGUAUGAACCGAAAAAAGAUAAAGCUGUAAAAGGUCAGCUUUUAGGGACUGCUGUUAUUAACCUUGCAGAAUAUGGGAUAAUCAGAGAAGUUCAAGCAAUGACAGCACCAAUUAUAAUCACGAAAAAGGUUUCGAAAGGGACGAAUAGUUUUCCUCUUCUUUAUGUUCAGAUUCAGCCUUUUGAUAAUGAAGGGAUUGAGUCUGUUUUGAGGAUGAUGAGCGAGCAAUGUGGCGAUGAUAAUGAUUCUGAUCUCACUCUUUCUGUGACUGAUGAUGAUGGGUAUGCGUCUGCUGUUUCGAGGACUUCGAGUUUUCAUGCCGGGAAUUCUUCGUCUUUUCAGAUGGAUGAAAUGCUUAACUUUGUCAAUGUGGGUCUGAACUCAGACAUACCAGGUAAUGCAGAAGUACACGAAUAUGACGAAGGAAGAGUAAGGAACAAGGAACGCGCAAGAAGUGGGGAAGAUGACUGGGCUUCAGGAAGAAGAAGUGCAGAAAGCAACACUAAUGUAUUUGGAAAAUUCUCAGAAGUAGCUACAACAAGAAAACUUACCUCAAGAAGUAUUAGCACUCUAAAAUUUGGCAAAAAGGGUCUUGAUUUACAUGGUUUAGGUGAUAAAUUGAAGCACAUAAAAUCCGUCAGACUUCCUACUGAAUCUCCACGGGCCUCAGGCCCGCCUAUUCCUCUGCAUUUAUUCGACAGAGCGAAGGAAGAAACGUCUGUAAAAGAGGUACAAGUUGACACCAAGAGUCAGGAAAAAAGCGACAAGAAAGAAAAGAAGUAUGGGAAACCUGAACUCGAGUCUAAAAUCAAGUUGCUUGAGGAAGAGUUGAGAGAAGCUGCUGCACUUGAGAUUGGACUGUACUCAGUUGCAGCCGAACAUAUGAACUCUAAAAGGAAAGUACAUGCACCAGCUCGGAGAUUAGCGAGGUUUUAUCGCCAUGUUUGUAAGAUGGAAUCACAAACUAACAGAGCAAGUUCUGCUAGAACUGUUGUUUCUGGACUUGUUAUGGUUUCUAAAGCUUGUGGAAAUGAUGUGUCCAGGCUGACUUUCUGGUUAUCAAACACGAUAAUACUGAGAGCUAUGGUGAACCAAAUAACUGAAGGAAUUCCUCCUCAACCUGAACUAGUUGUCACUGAGACUAAAUCUGGGAGAAAGAAGUCAGAGAAGAAAUCUACCAUAAACAACUCAGUCGACAGCUUAGGUGAUUGGGAACAUCCACAGACAUUCGUCAUGGCAUUAGAAAAGGUCGAAGCUUGGAUCUUCUUUCGCAUUGUUGAGGGUCUAUGGUGGCAGAGUUUUAUUCCUCAUAUGCAGCCAACGAAAAAGAAGAAGAAAGGAAAGAGGCUGAACUGGAAGAAAUCUCAGAGAUGGAAGUUUGGUUUGGGGGAUCAAGAGCAAGGGACUUUCUCCAUAGAGCUCUGGAAGAAAGCCUUCCAGGAUGCUUGUGGGCGGCUUUGUCCCAUUCGAGCUGGUGGUCAUGAUUGCGGUUGCUUGCCAAUGUUGUCGAAAAUGGUAAUGGAGCAUUUGAUGGAAAGACUAGAUGUUGCGAUGUUUAAUGCCAUUCUUCGUGGCUCGGAAGAAGAGUUGCCAACAGAUCCAAUGUCCGACCCGAUCAGUGAACUUAAAGUCCUCCCCAUCCCUGCUGGGAAAUCAAGCUUUGGUGCUGGUGCUCAGCUCAAAAAUGCUGUUGGAAACUGGUCGAAUUGGCUGAGUGACUUUUUUGGUCUUGAAGAAGAUGACGACCCGUCAAAGGAUCAGGAUGAAACCAACGAAGAAGAAGAUGCCGUCAAGGCCUUUCGUCUCCUUAAUGCAUUGGGUGAUCUUAUGAGGCUUCCCCUUGGGAUGCUUGCUGAUUCCACCACAAGGAAGGAGGUAUGUCCUAUCUUUGGCGGGUAUCUUAUCAAAAGGGUCUUCACCAAUUUCGAACCCGACGAUUUCUCUCCGGAUCCCAUUACCGAGGAAGUUCUCGAGGCUCUGGCAUCCGAGGAUUCUCAAGAGACUUCAAAUGGUUGUAUUAUAAGCUUCCCUUGUGUUGCAAAACCCGUAGUAUACUCGCCUCUUCCGGCCGCAUUAUUCUCGAGUUUGUUAGGAGACUCGAGUCAGAAGAGAAACGGGUCAUCGUUACUAAGAAAAGGACAUAACAGCGACGAUGAGCUUGAAAAGCUGAGUGUACCACUAGCUUCGAUCAAUGUUCAGAACAUAUGCCUUGAAACUGCCUCGUCGAAACCCAACUGUAUGCCCAAGGGGAUAGGCGGCAGGGAGGUUGUCAGGUAUAAACUGUUGCAGGAAGCAUGGAGAAAUGGCACCUGAUAUUACUAUCAACGGGCCGGGUUAGGGCCAGGUAGGGUCAGAAUUAAACGGGCCGGGCUGGGCCAGGCCUAGCCUACGAUUUUUAAGUAGAGGAUCAAUUCUCCAAAUGAAUGCAACUACUCCUGCAAAGUUGAAUCAGAUACGACGACAAUGCAGGUUUUACAACACCUGUUCUGCAAGAAUCUAAGGUGUUCAUUUACCAAAAAAAAAAAAAGAGUUGAUCCAAGGUUAACUUCCAUUAUCUAACAUUUGUACUUUCUACAAAAUCCCAGAAAAAAAGAUCGAACUCUAUUGUUCGAUUUUGGGGAUAAUUUAGUGAGAAACAGAGAUUUGUAAGUCAAUUUGUAACUUUUAAGAGUCUUUUAUGAGAUUCGCAAGUCAAUUUGUAAAGAA